GUGACGUGCAGUUCCGCUAGCAGGUUCGGUUGACGGCGCGAUUCGGAGGACUCUUCUGGAAAAGAAAAUAGAGCCCCCGGGCGCGGACUGAUAUUGAUCGGAGUGAUUAUAGGGAGGACUAACGGAAAGAAAAGGAAACAACAUGGCCAAUUCUGCAGACACUCCACUGGAGGGCAAUAGCUUCAAGAUCUGUUAUGUGCAAGGUGAUCUGUUUUCAUGCCCAGAAAAGGAUGCGCUGGCACAUUGCAUCGGCGAAGAUUGUAACAUGGAGGCUGGAAUAGCAGUCUUGUUCAAAAGAAAAUAUGGAUGUGUCGAGGAACUACAGAAUCAGAAAAAAGAAGUUGGGAGUUUUGCAGUGCUUCAGAAAGAUCAGAGACACAUCUAUUAUUUGAUCACCAAAAAGCUGGCAUCAGAUAAGCCUACGUAUGAUGAUCUGCAGAACAGCCUCAAGGCCAUGAAGGACCACUGCGUGGAUAAUGGAAUUCUGAGGAUCUCAAUGCCCAAGAUCGGAUGUGGACUAGACGACCUGAAGUGGGACAAAGUUUCUGCGAUAAUUCAAGAGGCCUUUAAAAGCACAAAUAUUAUAAUCACGGUGUACUCUCUGUGAGAAUAUCAUUGUUAUAUGUGUAACACUAAUCAGUAUUCUUUACGAAUAUUUCUGGGUACAGAUAAGCAUGAAAUGUUGGCAGGUAUUUUUUUUGGUUACCUGUUUGAUUCCUAUUGUUGGCAGGACCGAAUAUCUUAGUGUUUAAUCAUCUACCAAAAUCACCAUAUUUGCAAUCACUAAUUUCAAUGCUGCAUAUUCCACAAUUCCUAUAAUGCUCCCACAGUUUGGGAGAAACACAAGCAAUUCAUUUUUGUUAGAAUCAUUUUGUCUGAAAUCUUUGAGAAUUCCAGAAUUAUUUCAGUCUGAGAUCGAUCAAUGAGGCAAGCAAUCUAGCACGGGUCAAACACAACAUGAAUGAUGCUGUUCUCAUGUCCUUGCCGUAUGAAUUGUUAAAAAUUAAAACCUUUUGUUGAAA